UGUGCUUGGUCUUUCCCGCUGCCGUUUGAAUGCCGCUGAGUUCGUUAUGGAUUCUCAGUUGUCUGAGGGCCUCAAGCUGCUCCUGGUUCAGAAUCGCGUCGAUACGUUCACACAGUGGCCUUUCAGCGACGGCUGCCUUUGCACUCCGGAGCAGAUGGCAAAAGCUGGAUUCAUUCACUGUCCGGGUGACAAUGCCCCUGAUGUGGCUCAAUGCUUCUUCUGUUUUAAAGAAUUAGAAGGAUGGGAGCCUGAUGAUGACCCUAUGGAAGAGCACCGAAAACACUCCCCCAGCUGCGUAUUUCUUGGUCUCCAGAAGGAUGUGGCUGACUUUACAAUGCAUGAGCUCAUAAAACUACAGAAAGAGAGAAUGAAGAACCUGAGUAAAAAGCUCAUUAUGCAGAAAGUAAAGGAGCUUGAGAAGUAUGCAUCACGUGUGCACUCAGAAAUCAACCGACUGCAUAAAUAAAACUAUUUGUGUACUUUUGGAUAUUGUGGCCUUAUUGCCUGUUGAACGGCUCCUUACUAACUGGCUGUGAGCAGAUGGUAAAUAGUUCUAUGGCUAAAUUUCUAUUCAGUGCAGGAACUCCCCGUGUUUCCUCUUUGUGGAUAUCUCCUUCUUUCUUAUUUUUUCUUAAUA